CCCAAACAGUGCACCAGAUAGGAAAUGACGUUUAUCUGUUUGGACUAGGAUGGGAAAUUGGCAGCUCAGCCAAAUCAGCUCGUACGUCCAGUCCAAGCCCCGGUUUGAAAUGUCAGAAGAACUUCACCGACAGUGGGAAAGUGAGCAGGCCUCCCUGAAGCUGCGGCUGGUGGACAGUGACACAGAGGCUUGGCAGAGAUCCCCUUCAUUCUCGGGGCUGCAGCGGGUCGGGGGGGUCGACCUGUCCUUCAUCAAGGGGGACGACGUGAACGCCUGCGCCCAGCUGGUGGUGCUCAGCUACCCAGAGAUGGAGCUUCUCUAUGAGGACUGUCGGAUGGUGACCCUCAGUGCCCCCUACGUCGCGGGGUUCCUGGCGUUUCGGGAGACCCCGUUCCUGGUGGAGGCUGUGCAGCGCUUGGAGAGUGAGACCCCCAGCCUCCUUCCUCAGGUGAUCUUCGUGGAUGGGAAUGGCCUGUUUCAUUACCGAGAGUUCGGCCUGGCAUGUCAUCUAGGUGUCCUGACAGGGCUGCCCUGCAUUGGAGUUGCUAAGAACCUGCUGCAGGUUCAGGGGGUGGAGAAUAGUGAGAGACACAAGGAGCAGAUUAAAGAACUGCGGAACCGAGGGGACACUUUUCCACUGGAGGCCAGCUCAGGGAGAGUGCUGGGAAAGGCCCUGAAGAGCUCUGACAGGAGCACUAAACCCCUUUACGUGUCUGUGGGUCACCGCAUUAGCCUGGACACUGCCCUCCGCCUCACCACUGCCUGCUGUAAAUACAGGAUCCCCGAGCCAAUCAGACAGGCGGAUAUUCGCUCUCGGGAGUACCUGCGGAAGCACUUUCCAGAAGGGAGUGAGGAGGGAGCGACUGCAGGGAGAGAGAGAGAGAGGGACGGGCUGCAGGGAUCAGGAGCCUCUAAUGGAAUUAAAAAGGUGAACAAGAACUGCAGCUUGUAAAGGUCUUCCUGAGAUCUGUAUUCAUCGAACUCUACAACAAACAAGCAGCACUGCUGCCCUGGAGCUGAGUCCUACCAGAGACACUGCACUAGAACAACUGUGUGUGAGCCUGUGUGUGAGCCUGUGUGUGUGUGUGAGUGUGAGUCUGUGAGUGUGAGUCUGUGUGUGUGUGUGUGAGCCUGUGUGUGUGUGUGUGUGUGUGUGAGCCUGUGUGUGUGUGUGUGUGUGUGUGUGUGUGAGUCUGUGUGUGUGUGUGCCUGUGUGUGUGUGUGUGUGUGAGUCUGUGUGUGUAUGUGCGAGCCUGUGUGUGUGUGUGUGUGCCUGUGUGUGUGUGAGUGUGAGUCUGUGUGUGUGUGAGUGUGUGUGUGUGUGUGAGUGUGAGUCUGUGUGUGUGUGUGUGUGUGUGUGUGUGUAAGUGUGAGUCUGUGUUGUGUGAGCCUGUGAGUGUGAGUCUGUGUGUGUGUGAGUGCAUGCGUGUCAGUGCGCAUUGUAAUUGUAAUAAAAUUACUGAGAAAUGGUAUUUUAUCUGUAUAAUGUGGUAAGAUAUUUUACAUUUUAAAACAAUAUUUUUUACAGAAGAUGAAUUCGAUUUGUAUUGCUGUAUUGCGAUUUCGUAAUAAAAGCUGUUUUCUUGUUGG